AUGGCCGCCGUUAUCACCCUCCAAUCGUCCCCGACGACCGGGCCCGCCACUCCUUUUCAAUCCGCCUCCGAUAACCAACGUCUGCGCUCCUGCCUUCCUCAUCAACCUCCCGGUGUCUCCCCCAGCGCGCCCCCCAGUGCCGCCCCCAGUUCGCCCUCCUCCCUUCCCCGUCUCGCCCUACCCUCCAAUCGGGAUGGCCCCAGCUGUGACGCUUGUCUCCGCCGCAAAAGCCGCUGUGCCAUGAACGAGAUGGUCAACAAAUGCUACUCCUGCGAUUUCCACCGUCAGGACUGCACCUUCAUGCUCACCCUCCCGCGUCCCGCCACCGCCGACUUGGCCUCCAAGAAGCGGAAACUCGAUCCUUCUUCCGUUUCUGAGGGUGUUCCCAAGAGGUACCAUCUCACUUCCCCCAUGAAGCAAUCCACCGCCCCCUCCCCCAAACCAACCCUCCGCGGCCCUCCCCGAAUCUCCCCCGGCUUCUGGGAUCAGUCCACCCAGCACAUCGGCCUCACCACCGCUCUGGAACCCGCCCUGUUGGAUUUCGUCCCGCUGGAUCACAACCAGGAAGGCGCCGUGGCCGCCUCCCGCGUCCGUCGGUGCGGUGACGACGGCAUCUUCAUGCGUGUCGUCGACCCUCCGUCCACCGCGGAUGGCCCCCCGCUGGCCUCCCUCGAUGCCGUCGAGAGUCUGGUCGCCCCCCAUGGCGCCACCCUCGUCGACAAGUUCUUCGAGAACAUCCACCCGACCUUCCCCAUCCUCCUCGAGGACGCCUUCCGCCAGUCGUACCGCGCCCGUCGCGGCCUGUCUCCCUUGUUGUUGGCCGCCGUUUACGUCCUGGCGCUGAAGUUUGUCAACGUGGGGCCGGCCUCGCAAUCCGUGCGCCGGCCCGACGCCGGCCGCCUCGAAAGCACCGCCCUCUCCCUCCUGGUCGAGUCGCUCCCCCGUCCCUCCAUCUCGACCAUCCAGGCCGGCCUGCUGCUGAUGGAGAAGUCCACCAUCGCCACCGCCGCCCUGAACUCCCAGCUGGUCACCGCCGGCUUCGAAUUGGCCCUCCACCAGGACUGCUCCGCCUGGCGCAUGGACACCUGGGAGAAGGGCCUGCGCAAGCGGCUGGCCUGGGCCCUCUACAUGCAGGACAAGUGGUCCGCCCUCGUCCACGGCCGCCCCUCCCACAUCGUCGCCGCCAACUGGACCGUCAAGGACCUCGUCGAGCAGGACUUUGCCGACGCCUUUCCCGCCGAGGUGCCCCAGCCCGAAGAUGCCCCCGUCGCCCACGGGCCCCUGUUCUUUAGCCACCGUGUGGCCCUCACCACCAUCCUGUCCGACAUCCUUGACCGCUUCUACACCCUGCAGGCCAUCGACGAGUUCCAGGCCGCCGGCCCCCACCGCACCCGCAUGAUCCUGGAGCGCGCGAAGCCCGCCCAGAUCCGGCUGAAGGACUGGUUUGGCCGCCUGCCCCCGCCGCUCAAGAUGGACAGCGGCAGCGGCGAGCUCUUCGAGACCGUCACCGAGGAGUCCGCGCGCAACGGCGCCCUCCACCUCGCCUACUUUGCCGCCGAGAUCACCCUGCAUCGCUGCAUCGUGCGCUCCCUCGCCCCGGAGACCACCGACGCGUACCUGUCCCACAUCUGCCGCUCUGCGGCCAAGACGCGGCUCAUCUCGGCCAUGGACUUUGUCAACCGGCUCCGUCCCGCGCACCUGCGGUCCUUCUGGCCCGCCGCGUCGUGGACCAACUUCGCCCUGAUCGGGUCCUUCGGCGUGCUCCUGCGCAUCACCGCCCCGACCCAGGAGGAGGCCGAGUUCUACCGACUGCGGCUGUGCGAGUACCGGUGGACCCUCAGCGUCAGCCAGAAGGACGCCGAGUUCGUCGAGUUCGCCCUGGAGAGCCUCGACAACGCCGCCACCCUCGAUCCCCACGUACCAGACAAGCCGGGCAUCGACGAGCUGAUGACCAGCGCGGCGAAGCCGACCACGACGAUCCAGCCGCGCGUGACGACGGGGCCGGAGGACUCGAUCCUGGAACUUGACCCGACCCAGGAGAUGGGGCAUUCAUCGAUUUCAGGGCUGGCGUCCCCGGCGACGUCCAUCAGCGAUGAGAGUGUACAGGAGGUGGCGCCUCUUUAACUUUUUCCCUCUCUCUCUCUCUCUCUCUCUCUCUC